AUGUGCUGGAAGAAUGGGGCAUAUUUAGCUAGAAGCAAGUCUUUUAAAAUGGAAGUGAUCCUGCACUCUAGAGAGCACAGGUUUUCCCCAGCAAUAUUUUUAUAUCUGAUUUGCAUAGUACCAUCAUUAUGGCUGCUAGAAAUUCAUCAUGGGACUCAGUACUGCGGCAAUGAGCCUGGCGCAGUGCAGGUGAACGUCAGCAACCAAGACUUCAAUCAAUCCAGAGACAGCAGCCACGGAAGUGAGGGAACAGACCACCACAUAAUCCAGACGGCUAAAGUCUUUGUCAAUCAACUCUCCACAAUCUGUGAGACUGUGUGGACACUGGCCCUCCACCAGACUUUUCUACUGCUACUAGUAAUUGGGAGAUGGCUUCUCCCUAUUGGGGUUGAGAUCACUCGGGAUCAACUGUCUCAGCUACUUCUCAUGUUUGUGGGAACAGCAGCAGAUAUACUGGAAUUUGCCAGCGAAACCUUGGACAUUGAAGAUGUACGGAAGAAUUAUGCUCUCAUUAAUGCCAUUCUUGCUGUAUGGACCUGGAGUAUGUUACAGUUUCCACUUGAUCUUGCAGUACAGCACAUUGGCUGCAAACCAGCUGCGACAAGCAGGCGAAUCCCCAGCCUGCUGCUGUGCAGGUACAGCGCAGAACUGUGGAACAUCGGGGUCAGUCUCUUCAUUCAGGACGGGCCCUUCUUCAUUGUGCGCUCCAUCCUGAUGGGCCACUUCAGGAUAUUCAAUCAGAUGCUGGUGUUUUUUACAGCUAAGAAUAUCUUAGUCGUGACCCUACAGUUAUAUCGUUUAGCAGUGAUAAGCUUAGACUUUCGGGCUACCUUGCUGCAGAAGAGCAGGAAAGAAGUCAACUGUUGCCCAUGUGAGCCUUAUGAAGCCUGUGCUCAUGCUACUGCCAGCCAGGAUACCGAAAUGAGGAGGUGUGUUGCUUUUCCUGCCAAAGAGGAGUCCGGAGCACCAGCAGAAGAUCAGUGA